GGCGGCGCGUGGCGCAGUAUGGCAGCUGUAGUGUUAACACUUUCCCGAAGACGAGCUUUUCAGGCUUUGGGUAAUGGAGCAGUCCGGCUUCUUUCACCCAAAUGUUUCCAGGGAGUCAGACAGAAGUCCAGUACAGUACAGUAUGUUUCCCGGCCGGACCUUCCGAAGCUGGCCUAUCGCAGAGUGAAAGGGAAGAGUCCUGGCGUGAUGUUCCUGCCCGGCUUUGGCUCGAACAUGAAUGGACCAAAAGCAGAAGCACUAGAGGAAUUCUGCAGGUCUUUAGGUCAUUCAUAUUUGAGGUUUGAUUAUUCCGGUCAUGGAGCCUCAGAAGGCGUUUUCUCCGAGGGAACGAUCGGAAGCUGGAAGAAGGACGUUCUCUUCAUGUUGGAUGAAGUUGCAGAAGGGCCUCAGAUUCUGGUGGGCUCCAGCAUGGGCGGCUGGCUGAUGCUACUCGCUGCGAUCGCUCGACCCGAGAAGACGAAAGCCCUCGUGGGCAUUUCGACAGCAGCUGAUCAUUUCGUCACAGCAUUUAAAUCCCUUCCUCUGCAGACAAGAAAGGAGUUCGAAGACCAGGGGGUGUGGACGAUCCCGACCAGAAGCAACGAGGAAGGUGUGUACACUGUUAGCAUGGACUUGCUGAAGGAAGCAGAGAACCACUGCUUGCUGCAGAGCCCCAUCCCCAUCACGUGCCCCGUGCGUCUGAUCCAUGGCCUGAAGGACGAAGACGUGCCCUGGCACGUCUCCUUACAGGUUGCGGAUCGCGUGCUGAGCAACGACGUAGACAUCAUCCUCCGGCGCCAGGGGCAGCACCGCAUGGUCGACAAGGAUGACAUCAGGCUCGUGGUGUACACCAUCGAUGACCUCAUCGACAAGCUGACCACCAUAGCGUGACGAACGAAGACGAAAAACAAACCAAGUCAAACAACCAGAACUUCCCGAGAGAACCUGUUUCCUUAGUGCCUUCAUUUCCUGAGUCAUGGUUUAGUAUGUGUGUGUGUGUUUUUUUUUUAUUAUUAUUAUUUGUAUUUAAAUUUUAGUGUAGAUUAGGUGUCUGAUUAAAGCUGCUCCUUUUGACAGUA